ACUUUUGGAAACGGAAAAAGAAAAACAGAUAUAGGGAGUGUGGAGGAGAAUAAAAAACUAGAGAAAUGAAGAUGAGCGGCGGAGUAUUGUGUGGCGGAAGUUCACGUUGCAACGCCGUGCCUCUGUUUCUCAACCACCGUGCAGCUUCUCUUCGCAUCUCUUCUUCUUCCUCCAUUCCUGAGCAUGUUUCUUUUGUAAAAGAUGUAGCUGUAACUCAACCUCCUCAGCAUCUCUCACAACUCUUGACUAUCUUGAAAACUAGAGGGGAAACAAUUAUUUCUCCGGGUGCCAAGCAAGGAUUAAUCCCCCUUGCUAUUCCCCUGUCAAAAAACAGCUCCGGUUCUGUAAUUGCACUGCUGCGAUGGCCCACAGCUCCACCCCAAUUGGAAAUGCCGGUGGUGGAAGUGAAAAAACACGGAGUGUGGCUUUUAGCUAAGACUGUAGACCAAUAUAUUCACAGGAUAUUGGUUGAAGAAGAUGCGAAGGACAGUCAAGAGAGAAAUGAAGAACUCUUUCAUGCUUCAGCUGAUGUUGGAGAAAAGCUUUAUAGAAAGGGUGAUUUUGCCGAGUCUGGGAUUUCUAACUUAGACAGCUAUCUUCUGAAAAAGGUUGGUAUAUUUCCUGAUGUCUUAGAGCGCAAAGUGAAGCGGCAUUUUGAUGAAGGAGAUCAGGUUUCAGCUUUAGUGACGGGGGAAUUUUAUACAAAGAAGGAGCAUUUUCCAGGAUUUGCACGACCUUUUGUGUUCAAUGCUGAGGUUAUGUUGAGGGUUGGGCGUAAAGUAGAAGCUAAAGAUGCCGCCAGGGGAGCUUUAAAAUCACCAUGGUGGACUCUAGGCUGCAUGUACAGGGACGUUGCUGAUAUAGCUCAAUGGGACGAUGAGCAAAUUGAGUAUAUUAAGGAGAAGGUGACUGAAGAGGGAAGGCAAGAAGAUCUUAAAAAAGGGAAGGCGCCUGCACAGGUUGUAUUGGAUGAAGCAGCUUUCUUGUUAGAUUUGGCUUCUAUAGAGGGAAAUUGGGACGGCUAUUUGGAACGGAUUGGCAAAUGUUAUGAGGAAGGAGGACUCGACGAUAUUGCAAAAUUCAUUCUUUACAAACAAUAAUUUACUUGCAGAUUUUGUCCAUUUAUAGACUUCAAUGUCUUCCCUGUUCGGUGUUUCCAGUACUUCAUAGUUAUUGGAUAUUUUAACUUGAGUUGGCAUUUCAUUCAAUGUAAUUGGACUCCUCCAAUGCCUAUCGUUUUUCAUGCUUUUUACAUGUAAGAAUAAUGACACUAACUAGAUACCUGCAAUGUCUCUGAUUAUUUGCAUCCACUCACCAUCAAUUAUUGGUAUGUUUUUGCAAAGAUUAGAGAGUGCUUGUAAUAAGUUUGUUUACCAGCAAGUACCGAAAGAUUCCUUUAUGCAGUUAUCGGUGGCCUUGACCAACUAAAAACGCCAAUGAAUGAAAGAAAGGACAUAUCUUA